CGAGGUACGCGUCGAAAUUCUUUUUGACUUAAAAAUGCCUAAACGUAAAAUAAGUGAGGGAAAAAAGUGUGAAGUGAGGAAACUUAACAAAAAACUCAAGAAAAUACAGGAUAAGCUACGACUACUGGAUUCAAGCGAUUCGUCUUUUACGUCAUCUAGCGAAUCUUCAGGUUCGUCUUCGGACGUAGAACCCAAUAAUGAAGAAAUCCAGAUCAUACCUCAAACGGAGACAGCACCAGAACAGAUUGAAGUAGAUUUUGACUUCUUUGGCAGCAAGCCGCUGGACGAGGCACAAAUCGGUGUAGCAAUACACAACGAGAUUGCAGUACGCUGGAGUGCAGUGCUACAAUCGGGGUUAACCAGUGCACAAAGAAGUGACAUUACAGAAAAAUACAAAAUUCCCGAAAAUUGUCUACAAUUGCUACCUCCAAAAACAAAUUAUGAAAUACAACCAUGUCUUCCCGAUGGGGUUCUUAAACAUGACAAAUUCGUUACAGCGUUGCAGUUACAGCUAGCUCACGGCCUCUCAGCCAUCGCAACAAUAAUAAACAAAAAUUUGCCAGUCGCAGAACAGGCUAACGACACAAAAGUUUUGGGGGAAGCAUGUCAAAUUUUUGCAAAUGUCCAUAAUGCGCUUUCAAUUCAUAGAAAGUACAAAAUUUUGCCGCAUUUACAUCCUGAUUGUGCUAAAGUGGCCAAAAACAUAAAAAUGGAUAACAACCUGUUUGGAAAAGAUUUUCAUGAAGUUUUCAAAAACGACCAAGCUCUAAAAAAAUCAAGUGCUGUCUUGAAGAAGAGAGCCUCAACUGCCAUGACUGCGACCGCUGGAACUUCUGGACUUCAGCAGAAAUACCGUCAGUCUUUAAACUACCAGCGCCCCCAAUACAAAGGGAAAUUCAAAGAAGGAGUGAGGAGAGAGGAGAGGCUGCCGAGGGAAAGAAGCAAAUGGAACCAGCGCAAGGAACAACAGUACCAUCAACGCAGGAAGUAGGCGGUUCGAAUAAGGACCAGCCAUCCGCUAUGCAAGGAACUUUCCCUAGUGGCAGGGAAAUUGUCAGGAUCGCUUAUCAAAUAAAAGGAAUUCCAGCGACAGCGAUACCAACAAUGAUCAAUUCCUUAUCAGAAGGCACCUUAAAGCAAUAUUCCAAUUGUUUUAAAAAAUACUGGGAGUUUUGCAAUGAAAGGCAAUUUAUAAACCCAUUUAU